UCCUUUUGAAGCCUGCUCAUCUUCAGUUCUCCUCUGCUCAGAAAGUUGACAACUUUUGCCACUGCAAAAAUGAGGAGGGGAGGUUCACUCCACAGCUACGGUAGUAGCACCAGGAGGUCCAGUGCAGGACCAGGCAGCUCCUACUCCAUCAAAAGAACCACCACCUAUGGCGUUGGUUCUGGUUUUGGUGCUGGUGCUGGUUCUGGUUAUGGUGGUGGUGGUGGUUUUAGUUCCGCUUCAAUGGGUGGAAGUGGUUUUGGUUAUGGUUCUGGAGGCGGUUUUGUGUCUCCGAUCACAGCCGUUCAAGUCAACCAAACCCUGCUGACCCCUAUGAACGUGGAUAUUGACCCCAACAUUCACAUUGUCCGCACCCAGGAGAAGGACCAGAUCAAGACCCUCAACAACCGCUUCGCCUCUUUCAUUGACAAGGUGCGUUACCUGGAGCAGCAGAACAAGAUGCUGGAGACCAAAUGGCACCUUCUGCAGGACCAGACCACCACCCACUCCAAUAUUAAUGGCAUGUUCGAGGCCUAUAUCAGCAACCUCCGCAGACAGCAUGAUGGACUGGGCAAUGAGAAGGUCAAGCUGGAGGGAGAGCUAAAGAACAUGCAGUGCCUGGUCGAGGACUUCAAGAAGAAGUAUGAAGAUGAAAUCAACAAACGUGCAGCUGCAGAGAAUGAGUUUGUGCUCCUGAAGAAGGAUGUUGAUGCUGCCUACAUGAACAAGGUGGAGCUGGAGGCCAAGCGUGAUGCACUUCAGGAUGAGAUCAACUUCCUCAGGGCCAUCUUUGAAACUGAGCUUAAUGAGCUGCAGAGCCAGAUCAAGGACACCUCCGUCAUUGUGGAGAUGGACAACAGCCGUAACCUCAACAUGGAUGCUGUCGUGGCUGAAGUGCGUGCUCAGUAUGAGGAUAUUGCCAAACGCUCCAAGGCUGAAGCAGAAAAUUGGUACAAACAAAAGUAUGAGGAGAUGCAGACCUCUGCUGGACAGUACGGUGAAGACCUGCGCACAACCAAGGCUGAAAUUGCUGAGCUGAACCGUAUGAUCGCCCGUCUUCAGAACGAGAUUGAAUCUGUCAAGGCGCAGAAAGCCAACCUUGAGGCUCGGAUCGCAGAGGCUGAGGAGCGUGGUGAGCUGGCAGUGAAGGAUGCCAAGCAGCGCAUCAAGGACCUGGAGGAUGCUCUGCAGAGAGCCAAGCAGGACAUGGCCCGCCAGGUGCGCGAGUACCAGGAGCUGAUGAACGUUAAGCUGGCCCUGGACAUUGAAAUCGCCACCUACAGGAAAUUGCUGGAAGGAGAGGAGAUCAGAUUGGCCAGUGGAGGCAGCAGCGCAACCAUCCAUGUGCAGCAGACCACUGGAGGUGUAUACUCCAGCGCCAGCUCUAGUUAUGGCGGCAGUGGCGGUUAUGGCAGCAGUGGCGGUUAUGGCGGCAGUGGUGGUCAAGUUAUCACCAAAUCAACCACAUCAUCAUCAAGUAGAAAAUACAUUUAAAAAGGAGAGCCAUUCCUCCUCCCCUUCAGGAGCAUCUGAAUUUGAUCUACAUCUGUUCCCUUUCAUGGUGCUAUGCAAUAUUAAGCAUGUUCAACAAAAGAACUGAAUAUUCAAAAAAUCAGUGAUUCCUAAAAUAUUAGACCAAAAAAGAAAUACUCACUGGAUUGUAAUACAUCACCCUAAUCUGUGCUGCAAGGAGCACUGUCUGCUUUUCUGACUCUGUACCUCAACAUCAUUUAGCAUGAGUUUCUGAAGGUAAACAGGGCCUUGAACACACAAGGGCUAGGUCAGGGAGCAAGGAAAAAAAUGGUUUCUUUCUGCACUGACAUUCAAAAUGGAUGAAAAAAGGGGGGAAACAAAGGAUUUCAAGAAAUGCUGAAACCAAGCAAGGAAACUAUUUGAAAAAUCUGUACCACAUCUUGUCAGCUCAACAUAGUUUUGUACUGUAGUGCACUGAUAAACUGCCUUCAGCUGAUGGUCUCCAUCCCUGCAUUUGAGUUCUGAUAUUAGGAAGAAGAGCAAGUCACUCACCAAAUCUGAUCAAUGAAGAAAUACAAAUAUCAUAAAUGUGUGUUCAUGCUAAACAGGAUUGGUUUCUGACUUGUCCUUUCUUAUUGUUCUGUCAAAUCUUUUCCUGCUUAGUUUCACCGUUCCUUGCCUUUAAACUAAACCUAUGUUGAAACCAGAUUUAUUUUGUAAAAGUCUUCCUAGCAACAUGACUGCUGAAUGUUGCCGCAAGU